AUGGAUUCUUCGGAAUCGGAGGAAGAUUUGAUCUUGCUGGUAGCUUUAGCAGACGAGGAAGAUCAAAGGUUUUUAGCAACAGGCGAGAGCUUCAGUACAAUAGGGUACAGUUAUCAUGUUGGAUUUUCAACAGUAUCUACAAUUAUAAAUGAAGUAUGUGAAGCUAUACGUAAAAGAUUACAGCCUAUUUAUCUUCCCGAACCGACAACAGAAAUAUGGCAAAAAUCAGCUGAAGAUUUUCUAAACAUGUGGCAAUUUCCUAACUGCAUCGCCAGUUUGGACGGAAAACAUGUAACUAUAAAGUGCCCUGGAAAAACCGGGUCAAACCAUUUUUGUUAUUUGAAAAAAUUCUCAAUUGUACUAAUGGCCAUCGUUGAUGCUAAUUAUAAAUUUAUAUUCAUUGAUGUAGGAGGCUACGGAAAAAAUAGCGACGGAGGCAUAUUUGAAAAUUCAAACAUGGGCCAGAGGUUUGAAGAAGGUUUAAUGAAUGUUCCUGAAGAUAAAAAUCUUCCUGGGCAAGUGGAACCUUGUCCACAUGUUUUGAUUGGAGAUGAGGCCUUUGCUUUGAAAUCUUUUUUAAUGAGACCUUUUCCCUACAAGCAAUCUAGAAGUGACAGACGAAAAGAAAAUUAUAAUACUCGUUUAUGUCGAGCUAGACGUGUGGUGGAAAAUGCAUUUGGCAUUAACUCAAAAAUGGCGAGUAUUUUUUAG